ACUAACUAAAAACUAAUUGUAUAUAAAGUCACUAUGUCUGUGGCGGGUUGUCGAAGCCGACAGGGCGUUAAAGUUAAAAUCUUUAAAAUCGGUCGGUCGUUCGAAUUUAGAGUCAAAACUAAAUUAUUUAGAUUUAAAAAUCAUCCCUUUGCUCGUUUGUUGUUGGUUUUUUUCUUUCAGUCCGAAAAUACAGUGUUCAGUAUUUUCUCCAUGAACGCGUUUUAUUGGCAGCAUCGGUUUUUUUUCCUUAGUGAUCUGAGUGAUAUAGAAAACUAGACAGUGCAAUACAAAUGGUAAAAUCAACAUAUAGGACAAAAAUCCUUGUUAGUCCUUGUUAUGUAUAGCUUCAAAACUUGUGGAGCGGGUAGUUCAGCAAUAUCAGUGGAUAUUGAGUUGUCAAUUCCUUGUUUUUUUUUGUUCUGUUUUGUUUUGUUUUUUUCAUUUACACCAAUGGCUUUGUACAGUCGUGAAGGUGCAAGUCGACAGGUGUAAGACCAUGAAGCAAUUGGAUUAAUACCACAAGUGGAAAAAGAGGAACGCAUGGGGAUAUGUCUGCUCUCUGGGGGUACAUCGCACUCAGCUCGUAAUGUGUUACCAUUCUCACAAAAUGGCUACGUUAGGACCGUCACACCCAGUUUUUGUACUUUGAAGGGGCACCUUAUAGGUAGCAUUAUCGUUUACUCUGCUAAAUUACACGCUUUCUUGACACACAGUUUUUUCCUUAGUGAUAGAAAACACUUCAGAGUGCAAUGCAAAACAGUGCUAAACAACACGAGUCGGAUAAAUCGUUGUUAGCGCUCUAUAAAUGUCGAUUGACGUACGGCCGGGGCGGAAACAGAUUAAUUAAAUGCUCCAUUGAUUCUACUAAAAAACAUUUCCUUUUCACGAUCUGAAACAGGUCACUGUAUUUAAGUAUCGAUUUUGAAAAAGAAAAAUACGUGACGUCAAUGACACCACAGCGCGGUGUUUCCAAAGUAAACUCGAUAUAGAACUACUGUGUCAAAUAUCGUUUCAACUAUACAAACCGUAAGUUUAAUUUCAAAUGUCAGGUGAAACUUUGACAAAUGGUUACGAAUGAACUCCACUUGAUCAGCGUUUAACGAAAAACGUCCAAUUCCACUUCUGUUCAGGAAGUGGUUGAUAUUUUAAGAUGUGGGGUACACUUGCUAAUCUUUCUGUUUUAAUCAGGUAACGCUUUGCAGCUCUUUGUGUUUCGAUUAACGCUGUUAACAAAUAGAACAGCUGCAAAUUGGCGAUUCAAAGCAUCUAUGCUUGACUAAGUCGUUGAGUAUUGGCUUUGCUGUUGUUGUCGUGAAUAACUGAGCUCCUUGUAAAGUGCUUAAUCUAACGACAACUCUAACUUCGACAUAAUGACAUAAGCAUUUCACCCUUAAGGAUGUACGACCUGGGUGCUAGACGGUAUCCCAUGUUUUUCUACGUCAAGGAAAAUUUUUAAAAUUGAGUUCACGUUGACUAAUUAAUCAUAAUUAAAAUAUACAGAUAUAUAUUUGCAAUGUCAGUUAGCAUCUGAGUAAGUCACGUGAGUUCAUUAACUGCACUGGCAUCAUUGUGAUAUUGAGCAAGGUUGAACAAAGCCCUGUGAGUCAGUAACCAUGUUAACUGUUCAAGAUGAACAGGAUGUUCUUUGUAUGCCUUCGUCAUUAACGCUAUUACGUAGAAUAAGAUCGAACAAGUGUUGUUUAUAGUUAUGACUUAGCAAGAACUAACUUAAUGCAUGUUCCGCCUGGUAAGCAUUGAUUCCUUUUAUCGGUCUUCUCUCAAGUGAAAACAUCACGCCAUGACUUCAGUGCUGUGUUUUUAACAGCGAGUAUCAGCUUAUGAGUGGAAACACGUUCCAGCAUAAACAGGUGGCAAAAAUGGUUAGUCGCGGAAAAAGAGUUGCUCCUGUAGAGGACGAAGACACACUAGAAGACAAGCAAGAAGGGGAGGGAAACAAUUUACAAGAACCCCUAACUGUUCCAAAUGGCUUGGCGAGCGGCUUGCCUUCACAAUUUUCUACUGUUGAGUUUCUCCAUCAAUUCACACCACCUAACGCCUCCUUGUGCCAAGAUCGAAAUACUUUAUCACCGCAAAGUGAAAAUGAAAGCCGAAGUCGACCCCACUCACCAAAUGCCUGGAUGAAAAGACGAAAUAGCAAUCUAGCUAACUGUGAGAAAAUGCUUCAAGAGAUCAAUGCAUCCGCAAGAGACGCUAAUGCGAUGACUAGAAAGGAGAAUUCAGUACCUUAUGAGGCUAUUUUGGAACUUGCUUGUGAAGUGAGUGAAGAGAACGAAGGAGAAGGCGGGGCAAAAGAACCAAGCGAAAACGGAGAAGAAGGCAGUGGGCAUCUAAGCAAGUUAAACGACUUAAACCGACCAGAUGGGAUCAAAAAGCCCGAGGACCCUAACCAGGCCUUACUGGUGUACUUCGCCAAGCUGUCUAGCUCUCCUGAUGUCGACGAUUCGUUGGACCUGGAGCAUAUUAAAUCCUUGUUACAUGCAGGGGCUUCCGUGAACACGAGUGAUCGGUUUGGUCAAACGUUGCUCCAUGAAGUUUCCAGAACUUGGGGGACAGAUGUUGCACAGUUUUUCGUCAAUCAAGGUGCAGACAUCAACAAAGCAGAUAAUUAUGGUCGAACACCGUUACACGUGGCUGCCUCUGCUGAUUACCCAGAGAUGGUCAGGUUCCUUAUUGAUAAUGACGCAAACUUUGACUUGACGACCAAGGGAGAGAUACAGACACCACUACACUUCGCUGCGAAAAAUGAAGCAUCGCAGUGCGUUAAGAUUCUCCUUGCCUAUGGAGCAGUGCUUGAGGUUCGAGACUACAAGCAGCGUACACCGCUACAAAUCGCAGCUGAAAGUAACAGCGCCGAGUGCGCCAGGAUUUUGCUGGAAGCGGGCGCUUCUGCUGGGACAAGAGAUGACAGCGGAUUGACAGCGCUUACGCUGAUGGUAACAAAAAUGCCUAGUGUGGCACUUCGAGCACUGGACCAGUUCCAUAUCACAGACAGAUCACAUCGCAAGCAGAGAUAUUAUCUGAAUUUCCUGGAACAGUGUGAUGCAGAUACCAAACGUCACGCAAUUUUCACGUCACCUUUGCAAGCAGUUGUAGAAAUGAGCUGCUACGAGCUUAUAAUGCAUCCGAUAUUCCAGCGCCUGAUCGAAGUGAAAUGGAGAUUCUUCGGAAUGAGAGCGUGGCUGGGGAUUUUUCUGAACGUGUUACUUGCUCUUGCUUACACCGUGCUAGGCGUCACGCAUCCUUCAAACGUGAAAAGUUAUUAUUAUCCACUCGACAAGAACGGCUGGAGAAUACCCUUAGAGGCUGCUGUGGUGUUCUUGACGUUCAACGAAAUCAGGAAGGAGAUCAAAGAAUUUUACCAGUCCCGACGAGAAAACGGCAAGUUCGUAAGUUGGAGGAAGAAGGAGAUGAAGCGCGAUUUGGAAUUCUGUCAUCCACGAUGGACUCAAGAAAGAACUUUUGUUAAGGGACAGGUUCGUCAGAUCAAAGAUCAUAAAAAGACGUACUUUCAAGAUAAGUGGAAUUAUUUAGACUGGGUAGCAUAUCUAAUGCUCAUAAUCGUGAUUAUACUCCACAUCAUCAAUGUCGUCGUGCAGAGCGAUGUGUACAAUGGUAUCUUCGUGCGGAUCUUUGCUUGCACUAUCAUAGUAGUCUGGGUCCGCCUUCUCAAGUUUGCUAGACCGUUUCCUAGCCAAGGUCCAUUUGUCGUCAUCCUCGAUAACAUCGUGGGGGACACGCUGAGAUGGGGCUUUGUCAUAGCAAUGUUUUACGUCCCUUAUGCCGCUGCAUUCUGGAUGUUGUUUAGCGACCGUUCUGGUGAACCUGGCGUCAGAGGCUACAACAACGUAGGGCACUUGGUUUAUACAGUCGUUCGCUUCCCACUGGUGGACAACUACAACUUCGAUGACCUGGAGCAAGCGUAUCCGGUUAUGUCACGCGUACUGUGUGGAACCUUUCUCAUACUCGCGGCAAUUGUUCUGAUGAACUUGUACAUUGCGCUUCUGUCAAACACGUUCCAACGUGUCUAUGACAACGCACGUGCCACGGCUGCCAUGCAACGUGCGCGCCUUCUGCAAGACCUAGAAUCGGGUGCCUCCGACAAGAAGGUGGCGCGCUACAGGGAACACAUCCGCACCAGAUGCAGUCCGGAGGGAAACGACUACCUGGUCAUCAUAUCCGAUGAAGAAGAGCAGAACAGGAAGCAGGAAGAAAAGAUUUCUUUGGUCCACAACAUUGUCAGCGACCGUCUCGGUGGCAAGAAGUUCGGAAAGGUGCAGAAAAGUGAGUUUGACACAGUGCUGGAAGAUAUCGAUCUUUUGAAACGUUCUCAGACUGAUAUGCAAAAAUCCUUUGAUCGUUUUCACGUUCGCCUGGAAGAGAUUGGAAGCCUUAAUGCCAUCAUCUAUGAAGAAAUUGCAAAGUUGGUCCAGCAUGGGAAACAUCAGAUGACAGCGAUAACUGAUGUAAACACAGAAGUGACCAAUUUUAAGACUAGCCUGGAGGAAAAGGUUGGCAGUCUUGCGACAGGCAUUGAUUUAGGUCUUGAAAAUCUCGAGGCGGAGGCUAAAUUGAGAAGCAGCGCCUUGGAGAGCAAUUUCGGAGCAAGAUUUGAUGAGUUACAAAUCGAAUUCAAAGAAGUUAACUCAAAAUACGAUCAGUAUGAACAGCACGUAACGGGUCGAAUCGAAGAGCUGGAGGCGUUUAUAGUUAGUGUAGAAGAAGACAGAAGGAAGGAAGAAGAAGACAAAAGGAAGGAAGAAGAAGAGAAAAAAGAGGAGAAAAAAGAAAGAAAAUCAAGUUCGGGACCCAAAUCUAAAUCGAGCAGCCUAGGUGGGUUUCUAAUUGUUGAGGCCAACAGAGAAGUGUUGAAAGUUGCAGCGAAAUCCACUGAUAAACGAACUGGUGCUGAAGAAAGCAUCUCUGACUUUGAAAGUAUCGACGGAGAUUCGACAAUUGAGAGGCAGCGCAAAAGAACAAUCACCAUGUCUGGUCAAAGGGCUCGCGAAGAGUAUAUCAACAGACUAAAGGAAAGUUAUGCAAACAAUACAGGAGAUGAUGAAUCAGAAAAAGACAAAGAUGACUAAUUUGUCUAUAGUGAGUUGUAUAAUAUAGACCCAGGGUGGACUCCCAUAAAAAAAGGACGGGAUUGUUCGUCGCAAAUUUAAAAAAAAAAAUACCCUAAGGGGUACCAAGAUCCUGUUUCGUGGGCGUGGCUUGAAGAUAUUUUUACCCCUAAGAGGUAACAAAUCUAAAACAACACAUAAACUGACGCUGUCAAAAUUUUUAAUAGCGAUAAAGACCAUUGCUUCGAAUACCUUGUACUCGUAAAGUUUAUUGUCAAAUAUCUCAUGUCAUUUUUUUUUUUUCAGUUCAAAUGGAUACCCUAAAGGUACCGCGAAAGCUUCCGCUGUGGACCU